CUUCGGUUUCUUCUGCUUCAUAAUCAGUCCCACCCUCCCCCCUCACUUCAUUCGCUCGACACUUUGCCAUUGCACUGAUUUUUUCACCAAAAGCUUGGCUGAGAAAAUGAAGAUCUUCAACUGGAUGCAGAGGAGGUUCCAUCAUAACGUCCUCAAAGAUGGGCUGGCUCGAAACGUUAAGAAGACUGAUUCAAUUGCAAUUGACACAAAUACCAAAGCUUUACUCGAACAGGUAGCACUGGUUGACGUGCUUGACGGUUGGCGAGAUGGCAUUCUAACAAUUGGCACUUUCGGUUUUGAUCCUUUGAAAUCCUUCAGUGAACAAAAAGAGUACUUAGCUUCGGAAAGCGAGGAAGAAGAAGAAGAGGGAGAGGAAGAACGAUACUCCGAUAACAAUGAUGGAGACGAUGAUGACGACGACCACGACCACGACGACACUAACAAUGAUGAAGAAGUGAACCCGCUGAUGCUCAGCACUUUCGAGCACAGUUUCGAAGACGUUGAAUCAGAUGUUGAUCACCCGAAAUAUGGAAAACCUGACGUGACAAUGACCUUCGAUGGGGUUGCGGGGUCUACUGAUCAUGAAAUCAAGUUUGACUUGGAUGCCACUGAGGGCCAUUCGGGAAAGCUGAGAAGAAGAACGACGCUGGCAGACCUCUUCUCCGAAGACUCUGACAUGAAAAAGAAGCCGAGCCCUCUUGCAUUGGAGUCAAAUUCUUGCAAAAAGGCAUCUGUUCGGACAAAAAACGGGCUUUCAUUUGCCAAGAAACUCAUUCCUCAAGUUGGAGAGGAUUCACGUCCCAUCAAAAAGCUACACCAAAUGAUGAGGAGGAUGUUGAAGAGGAAGAUCCAUCCAGAGCUUGAAGGCAAGGGUAGUAAAUUGGAGGGGCAGAGCAAGGCUAGUGUAAUCGAUGUUCUUGGUAGCAAGAAACAUGAAGCGGGUGAAUCAGUUUCUCUGCUUCAAACUCCAGAUGCUGCUACAGCUUGAGCUUUGAGUGAUGAUGACCUAAUCUGCUAGAAAUUAAUGCGUUCUUGUGUUGUUAAAUAAUUUUAUCUUUUUCUUUUCUUCCUUCCCUAUUUAUGGACAAUGUUAAUUAAUCAGGUUUAUUCAUGUAUGUGAAACAUGGAACCAUGUGAUUCUCUUUUGUAAUUUUUCUUCUAUUGUACUUUG